AUGACGAUGCCGUUCAGCCCCCUGUCCAGCGACGAGGAGCAACAAAGGAUGCUGGGAAACAAUCGACAUCUCUAUCCAGGGGCGGAGGAGGAGGAAGAGGAGGAGGAAGAGGAGGAGGAGGAAAUGGAAGAAGAUGAACGUGAUGAGGACCAGGAGGAGGAGAAUGGCGAGCUGGAGGGGGAAGAAGAAGACGAUGAGGAGGAGAUGGUGGAGGAGGUCAGACGAGGAGGCCUAUCACGGGGGGGCAGGGGUGAGGGACACAGGCAGUCAGGUAAACUGGCCGGACGACCCACCGGGGACAGACAGAUCCGGCCAGGGAACCCUGGACACACCACAAACCCCUAUUCGUCCAACCCAGGACCCACACACCAACAGCCAGCCAAUCACAUACAACAGCAGCAGCAGAGGAGGCUGAAGGAGCGCAGCGCCAGCUCUGUGCCAUCUGAGGACGCCCACAUUGCCAUGAUGGUGUUUCGCAUCGGCAUCCCAGACAUAAAGCAAACGAAAUGUUUGCGGUUUAAUCCAGAUGCCUCGGUGUGGAAGGCCAAGCAGCAGGUGCUGUGCUCCCUGACCGAAUCUCUGCGGGACGUCCUGAACUAUGGUCUGUUCCAGCCCGCCACAGACGGCCAUGAUGCCAAGUUCCUGGAAGAGGAGAGGCUGCUCAGAGAGUACCCACAGUCCUUUGAGAAAGGGGUACCAUAUUUGGAGUUUCGAUACAAGACCAGGGUGUACAAACAGACCAAUCUGGAUGAGAAGCAACUGGCCAAACUGCACACUAAGGCCAGCCUGAAGAAAUUCAUGGAUUAUAUCCAAACCAGCGCUGUGGACAAGAUGAUCAAGUUCUUAGACAAAGGCCUCGAUCCCAACUACCAGGACUCGGACACUGGCGAGACUCCUCUGUCCCUGGCGGUGCAGUGUGAGCCGGGUGGAGGUGAGCCCAUCCGGGUCCUGGUGGAGGGAGGGGCUCAUAUUGACUUCCGCGCCAAAGAUGGACUCACAUCGAUACACAAGGCUGUUCGAGGCCACCGCCAUACAGCCCUGCUGGUCCUGCUGUCUCUGGGUGCGUCUCCGGACUAUAAGGACCGACGAGGGCUGACGCCGCUCUACCACACUGUGCUGACAGGGGGAGACACCUCUUGCUGCGAAACACUCCUUUACCACCGCGCCAAGCUGGGCAUCAGGGACGAGAACGGCUGGGACGAGACACAUCAGGCCUGUCAGAAUGGUAACUCGCAGCAUCUGGAGCACCUCCUCUUCUAUGGGGCCGAUUCUUCCUCCCAGAAUGCCUCUGGAAACACUGCCUUGCACAUCUGUGCUUUAUACAACAAGGAAAGCUGUGCACGAAUUCUUCUCUACAGGGGAGCAAAUAAAGACACAAAGAACAACAGUGGGCAGACCCCCUUUCAGGUGGCUGUUAUGUCCGGCCAUUUUGAGCUGGGAGAAAUUAUCAAAAACCACCGGGAUACAGAUGUGGUUCCCUUUGUGGAGUCUCCAAAAUACGCCCCCCAGAGGCGGGAGAGUGCCCGGACGCUUACAAUACCCCACCCUCAUCCCUUCCUCCGUGCCAACAGUGACAGCAGCAUGAACCUGCCAGACUGGAUGGCAGUGCCCAACGCCCCGGGGACCAACAUCGUCUCUGUGCAGGGCUAUAAGCAUACAGGAACCCUGCGGAGCUCCAGCAGUCCCAGAGGGGCGAGGACGCGUUCCCCAUCCCGAGGGAGGAUCGGAGACAAGGAGGACCGGAGCAGGCAGAGUCGGAGACAGGGGCCUGCCCCUACCAGCACAGCUGGACAAACCGCAGGCCAGCGGAGACGCCUCUACAGUGCUGUCCCAGGACGAGUCUUUGUAGCUACUCGAGCACACUCUGCCCAGGGAGAGCGAGAAAUCAGCUUCAAUAAGGGAGACAGGGUCAAAGUGUUGAGUGUUGGCGAAGGCGGGUACUGGGAGGGGACUGUCAGGGGUCGCACAGGCUGGUUCCCCUCCGACUGUGUGGAGGAAGUGAUGCUUCGAAGCCAAGACAACCGAUCAGAGAGCCGUGGAGAACGAGCCAAAAGGCUGUUUCGCCAUUACACUGUGGGAUCCUAUGACAGCUUUGACGCUCCCAGUGACUAUAUAAUCAAGGAGAAGACGGUGCUCCUGCAGAAAAAAGACAGCGAGGGUUUCGGCUUUGUGCUGAGAGGGGCCAAAGCUCAGACUCCUAUCGAGGAGUUCACUCCCACCCCGGCCUUCCCUGCCCUGCAGUACCUGGAGUCAGUGGACGAGGGAGGCGUCGCCUGGAGAGCUGGUCUCAGGAUGGGGGAUUUCCUGAUAGAAGUCAAUGGUCAGAAUGUGGUAAAGGUUGGUCACCGACAGGUCGUCAACAUGAUCCGGCAAGGUGGCAACAGCCUCAUGGUCAAGGUUGUCAUGGUAACCCGCAACCCUGACAUGGAGGAAGGUUCAAGGAAGAAAAUCCCCCAGCAGAGUAAGAGGCUGAGCACUCCAGCUAUCGCCCUACGAUCCAAAUCCAUGACCUCAGAACUGGAGGAGAUGGUGGAGAGAGCUGCUACCCCUUGGAAAAAAAAAUCAGAAUUUGAAUCGUCACAAGUUACAGAGAAGAAGAGGACAGUCUAUCAGAUGGCUUUAAAUAAACUAGAUGAAAUUCUUGCAGCAGCUCAGCAGACAAUCAGCACCAAUGAGGCACCGGGGACACGGGGACAGGGGCCGAAAAGAGAAAGGGGACGAAGUUUCUAUGGCAAUGAGCCAAACUACGGGGAUCAGUCCGGAUUGGGGAUGAUGUCGUCGGGGUUGGGCCUCGGCUAUGACCGUGGCCAGUACACCUCAGGUCACGGCCCACAGCACGGUAUGCUGCGGCAGAAAUCCAUCGGGGUGCCUGAGGAGGAGAAACAGUUCCUGCAUCCUCCAGCCAUGAAGUUUGCUCGCAGUCUGUCGGUGCCUGGCCCAGACGACAUCCCCCCUCCGCCCACCACAGCUCCACCAGACCCUCCAUUCUCCUCUGCUCCACCACUAGGUUGGAGAGCUAAGUCAUCCCAGCAGCCCUCUGUCUCCGUGUCCCAGUCCACAUCCACCUCUGCGCACUACCAGCCCUACUCCCAGUCAGUGCAUUUCACUCAUGGGGGCAGGGAGAGGGCAGGUGGUCCCAGCACUGGCUCCAGUGGUGGAGCGGUGGACCACACAACCUCGUAUGCACAUGCAGCUGCCCAUACUGCUCAAAGCAGGACUGCUUCGCGGAAGGUUGCCUAUACUGGGGAGCCUGUUGGAGCUGGCAUAGGGGCUGGUGCAGGGGCCAAGGCAGCAGGUCUUAGGAGAGGCUACAGCACUGCCGUCCCCCCAUCCAGCAUCGCCACUGUAAUUCCCCAGCAACAACAGACUACCCAGAGUCAACCCCAGCGAGCAGACCGCAGUGCGGCUGGGGCUGGAGCAGGCGGUCCUAAAGGAGGGGCCCGGAGAGGUAAGGGCCCCCUGGUGAAGCAAUCCAAGGUAGAGGAUCUGCGCAUGGGACAGGGUACACUGGGGGGCAAAGGCUCGGUGGAGAAAAGCUCCAUCCCCAUCCCCACCAUUAUCGUCAAGGCCCCUUCAACCAGCAGCAGUGGACGCAGCAGCCAGGGCAGCAGUGUGGAGGCUGACGCUCCUGCAUCAGGGGAGACCGAUGAAACCAAAACACCCCAUGGUCCUCCUCCCUCCACUCCUGCUCCACAGCCCCCUGCCCCACCUUCCAUCCCAGCACCACCGCCUCCGUCCUUGCCUUCUAUCCGAGCCCAUGAUAAUCUGGACUUUACCAGCCAGUUUGGGGCUGCCAUUGUUGGCGCAGCUCGUCGAGACAGGGAACGAUUUCAUGAAGCCCGCAGAAAGAGUGCCUCCUUGUUUAUGUCUGCUGAGGAGGAUGUGAGUCUUGGGGGAGUGAGUGAUGGAAUAGGAGGAGUAACAAGGACUCAGGUGUCACAGCAACAGCUUAGCACACAGGCUGAAAGUUCAUCAGCACGGCUGCGCCCAUCCAAGUCUAUUGAUGAGGGCAUGUUCUCUGGGGACACCUUUAUCCAUCACACCCGCAGUAUGCCACCAGCCUUUGGCCUACCUGAGUACUCCUCACCUGCCCCAGACUAUCAACCUAAGUCUGUGCCUACUGACUUGUACACAGCAGCAGGAAGGCAGCCAGCACCCUCCGCUACCACCACCUUCAUUCACCCUCUAACAGGAAAGGCUCUUGACCCCACAUCACCACUAGGCCUCGCCCUGGCUGCCAGAGAGCGUGCUCUGAGGGAUGACAGCAGGUUAAGGAGGGGAACAGAGCACCACUUCAGCCGCCAGAUGUCGAGUGUGGUGUUUCCUUCAUCUACUGCCACCUCUCAGCCGGUGUCGUCCACUUCCCAGUCCUCAAGCUCCUCCUACCUGGUCACCUCGUCUUCUCUGGCUGCCACCACGCCCACUGUUGGCCGCCCACCCUCACCUAGAAUCCUCAGAGGAGUUGGGAGUGUGUGGAGUGAGGAAAGUGGUGGAGGAGAGAGGGAGCGGGAAGGAGGAGGGGCUCGCGAGGGACUAAGAGUUCGCUUCUCUGAAGACAAAACGGUCCACACGCACCACUACCAGUCUCAGCCAUAUCAGCCAACCUACAAGGAGAGGGAGCGGGAGAGGUCAAGAGAACGGGAGAGGGAGCUGUCAAGAGAAAGAGAGAGGGACAAAGAGAGAGAGGGUUACAUGAGGAGGGCAGAGCAAGCUGCUACCAACGCGGCGGCCGCUGAUAGCUCUGCUCAACAAGCGUCCCAGUCUCAGCAGCCUCGGAGGCCCACUUUUCUCAGGAUGGAAAGUCAAGCUGAUGCCUAUAUCUUGUCCCUCACCCCUCCCUCUCCUCCACCUACCAGUACUCAACAGACAGUGAACACUACUGGGAGCACUGGGACUGGCCUGAUGGUUCUUCCUCCCCCUGCCCCCUCAGUUGAUGCAGACGAUGAGUUUGUCUACGCAGACCCCCUCCCACCUCCAUUAGAGUUUUCUAACAGCUUUGACAGGGGAAUAGGGGGAAUAUCAGGGUACUCACAACAUGGGAUGCUCCCCAACAGCCUGACCUCCCGCCAACAGCAGGUCCCACCUCCUCCCCCUCCUCCUCCUCCACCCCCACCACCACCCCCUCCACCCCCCCAAAAAGAACCAUUUGUAAGUGGGUUUCCUGCUCAUACACCCCUGCCCUCACCUCAGGCAGGUGACUCCACUGCCUCCAGCCUCACAUCUUAUGACAGUGAGGUGGCUAACCUUACUCAGUCUGCUCUCCCCUCCCAAACAUCUCCCAACCCACCGCCCCCUGCCUCGCCCUCUACCCUUCAGCCCACCUCGAUAGCAGGACCUCCACCUCCCCCGUCAGUUUCACCACCGCCUCCUCCCGGAUCCUAUCACAGACCCUUCUCUAUGUCCCACCCCCACCACCUUUACAACAGCUCUCACACUCCUGGGCGCUCUUCCCCCACGCCUCCCCCGCACACAGUUGCUCCUCCCCUGGCCUACCGUGGUCCCCCAGUGCCCUCUUCCACUGCUGCCACCUCUGCUCCACUUAGGGGCACUGCCUCAUACGCCAUGACCGCUAGCUGUGCCGCUACAACCACUGCUGCUGCCACCACAACAAGCACCUCCACUCAGCUCUACCAAGAGCGAGCACACACCACACAUACAACAUCCUCCACCGCCAUCAUGGGCAGUCGCAGGACAGGGGAGCACCACCGUCCUCCCCCUGCUACUAAAAAAGGAGAGUCCCAGGAGACAGUGGUCGACUCUGGGAUUGAAGAGCUGGACAGCCGCAGCAGCAGUGACCACCACCUGGACAGUAUCCUGGCUCUAAGUGGAGCCAGUGUCCGGGGAGAAAGGCUGGACCGAGGGGAGAGAGGAGGUGGAGCUGGAGGACGGAUGGGAGGGGGAGGAGGGACAGGGGAAUCAGAAAGGGGAGGGGAUUUUCUGGAGUCUUACAUGAGCUACCUGGACGGACAAACUUUUGAGAUGCAGAAUGCCACAGCAGCAGCCUCCACCUACCCAAAAACCAACAGGUUCAGAGAGGGAGGUCGCACCAGUGAUCUACACAGACAGACCAGCACCGCUCCUGCAUCCUUCCACUCCCACAGACGAAGGGAUGAGCAGGAAGAGGACGAGGCCGAGGAGGGAGUGGCAGAGGAUGAAAGUGGCCAGGAUGGGUACGGGGUGAGGGACAUGCAGAAUUUGGGACGUCCCAUUUCACCGUACUUUGAUCGCCCUCGCACUCCUGAAAUGAAGCCUCUCUGGGGCGAGGGGCAGAUGACCGGUGACGUAGGAGGCCAGUCCGGGGCACUUUUAGAGGGGAAGAAGAUUUACCCUCCUGCAUCCAGUAUGAAGCCCAGCAUCAUAAAUGAGCUGAGCAGCAAACUACAUCAAAGAAGCAAGGACAGCUGGAGCAGCCAGAGACCCCUGAGCAGACACAGAAGCAGAAACAGAUUUUCAGAAGACUCAGCCUCAGCUCUGAGCCCUCCCUCAGCUCGAUCCCAGUCACCGUCUCCAAUCUCAUUAUCGCAGCCAUCGUUAUCCCCGUCCCCCACCCCCGCCUCCCAGUACCCCAACUGGGGACGAUCCCCAUCUCCACAGCCUCCAGCUUCUUCUCAGCCUCCACGUUCCCAUUCCCCGCUGUCCCCAACCUCUUAUUCCCCUUAUCCCACAUCCCCAAAACACAGACCUGUCUACCGGACCAAAGCCCUAGAAUUCCAGUUCAUACCUAGUCGCGAGUCCCGUAAAGCAGAAUCACACAUGCUUCAGCGUCGACGAGCACCCAGCCCCCUCAUCUCCCCGUCAGAGAGGCCCAAACUGGGUCCACCACGGCCAUCAUCCCUUCCGCUUCUCCCUACCACACCCCUAUACAGUGCCAUCUAUGACCUCCGAGGUUCAAUCACCCCACCAUCACCUGGGAACCCUCUUGGAGAUCCUUACUUCUCGCCCUCACCUCCCCUGUUUGCCCCCUCUGGUGCCCCUCCUCCUCCAAACUCCACCUUAGUCGUUUCUCGAUCCCUCUCUCCAACUCACUUCCUGUCUGGGACCUCUUCUCCACCCCUGCACCCUCUUCCUCCACCUACCUGUCUGAGUUACCCCCAUUUACCGCCCCCUUCCCCUACAAAGCCUUUUGCCUCCAAGCCGCUGCCAUACUGGACCAAGUAUGACGUCGCAGACUGGCUAGGAUACCUGAACCUGGGUGAGCACAGAGAACGUUUCCUGGACAACGAGAUUGACGGCACCCACCUGCCCUCCCUAACCAAGGAUGACUAUUUGGAUUUGGGUGUGACACGUGUAGGCCACCGCAUGAACAUAGAACGGGCCCUGAGGAGCGUAAUGGACAGGUUGUCCAGCAGCCCAUUUCCGAUUUCUGUUCUCUCACCUCGGGAUGGACAGACUGAGAGGAGAAGGGACGAUGGGAGUCGGAGCUGAGGUUGCAAACGCAGAGGCAGAAAGAGAGAGUAAGAAAGAAGGAGGGGUUGGAGUCAAUGAGGGAGGAAGACACAACUGCUGCUAUCCAUGGUGGAUUCACACAACAAAUGAGGGGGGAACAGAUUUCACACAGAGAGCGACGGAAAGAGGGAGUCAAGUCCCAAAGGGAGAUGGAAACACAGGGAUGGAAAAAGGGCUGACGAUCCAUAAAGACACCGGCUGGCGCUCCCAAGUUGUGGCAGGCUGAUUUACACAAGUACACUCCCCGUAUUCAUGCAUGGUCACACCAAUCAACAAACAAGUAACACAAACACACUUUCAUCCAAAAUGCAUAUGAAGAAACUAUGGCUGCAGCGGAGUGAAAAAUAGUGAUGAAAACGAACCAAAUACAUAAGAGGAACAAUCAAAAGCCAGUUAGAUUCAUUCAUUUUUUUAUUUGAGCAGGUUGUGUUGAUGGCGAGCUGGAGAAGAUAAAGGUGUCCUUCAUCGUGCCGCCAUCUUGUUGAAUAGUCCUCUUACCCCUCAGCUGGCUGGUUAAAUCUUUUCAGGUUUAAGAGUGGAACCCACCAAGAAUAUUUAGAGUGCAAUCAAUGACAACCCCUCCCUGUGUGAAUGGAUGUUAGGAUGUUUAAAAGGUGUCUGAAUAUCAUGGAAGAUGAAUAUUUGAGGGUGAAUGGGUGUGAAUGUCUGCAGGAAUAAGGCUUUGUCUGUCUGCAUGAACAUAGGACGACGCAGGGCAGUAUAUCAUGACAGCUUCCACGUCUUUUAGAGGUGACGAGGGCACAGACGGAUAACUUGCAUCCUUGGUUCAGGCCAAGGAUGCUGGCUGUGUGUUUGGCUUUGAUUGGUUAUGUCUUGUUUUUACCUCAUCACUGGUAGGGCUCUGUCCUCAUGGCAGGUCCUGUGAUCAGGAUCUUAUGUGUUUCUCUAUAGCUCUUUAUCAUCUUAAGUCUUAUAAUGACAUAUAUACAGACUGGUCACUGUAUCACAAAUUUGUAGCAAAAAUAAGUGCCCAGACCAACAAAAAAAAGACAAAAAAUAGAAAAAUAGAAACACACUGAUACGCACACACAGGCACCUGAGUUACUACUAUACAUGCCUGCAUGCAUACACCAACAUGUAGACACACACACACACACACACACACACACACACACACACACACACACACACACACACACACACACACACACACACACAAGCACUUACAAGUGAUUGUGUUAGAGUUUAUGGGACACCUUAUAUAUAGACACACACUAUAUGUUUGGAUCCACGAUGUACUUAUACAAAAGGAGACAGACUGUGCUUUCAACUGUUAGACGGGAUAUGUGACAAUGUGAAGAGAAAUUUCCCAGAGGAUUUUAUUUAACGAGAAAGACUUCCUUAGUGUCGAGGCAACUGUUGUACACCCAUUCAGACCUUCCGUCCGAGGGAGACUGAAAAGGAGAGGGGAGGGGAAGAGGAAAAACUGCCAUUUUCUUGCUCUUUCCCACCCAAUCCCCCCUGCUCCUUCCAGGAGAGGCCCCUCUUUCUCUCGACAAAAGCCAGGAGGAAACAAGCAGCCACCCGGCUGAGGGGAUCUGAGAGAAACGCUUAUAUCGAGUUUUAAUACUAUGAUUGUUCUUACACUUUUUAAACUUUAAAUGGGAAUACUGGAAUACUGAUAUUGAUAUGAAGAGAUUUAGUGUUACUAUUUAUCAUUACUAUCAUCGUCCUUACUGUUAUAAUAACUUCAGAGAGUUCCUGGUUUCUGCCUUUGGUGGCUGAGAUGGCGCUCUUGUUCUGACUGUGUAGUGAAGAUAAUUGUGGUUGGUUAUAUAUAUAUAUCUAUAUAUAUAUAGAUAUAUAUAUAUGUAGGUAUUUUUUGAUUGAAAGAUGCAUAUUACCCUUAACAUUGCUUCUAUGUGACAAGAAGCAUUGCAACUUAAUGUGAGUCACUUCCUUUUACUUUUUCCUUACUGUUUUUCUUUUGUCAGACUAAAAAGCUUUAAUCAAAAUUACGUGUUGACUUUUUUGUCCUCAAAAUAUGAUUUCCUCACUCUUUUAAAAGUUUGUUGCCACUUAACAUGGAGAUGCUGAAAAUGUAGCAACUGUUACUCUGCGGAUGCCCACUAUUUUUUCAAUUCUGGAUAACAGCCACCCCCUUUUGAUUGAUCGCAUAAACAAAUUUCAUUCUUCUUCUUCUAUGUCUUGAUGUGCCAUAUUGCAAUGAAGUCCUUUUAUUUUCCCAUCAGCUUUUACUGCACAUUUACAUCACAUUAUAACCUCAGUCCUGCUUUUCUCACUGUUGCUGAGAUCAAAUAUAAGGGCUCUCUCAUGACCUCUCUACCUUGAACAACACUUCACCUCUCCUGCUGCUUUUGAGUCCUCGAAACAUAUCAAACGUGCGUUUUACACCGGGGCAUCGAUGGGGAGUUUACUCUCCUCCUGGCCCUGCUAUCCUCAGUCUGUUUUUGCAAAAAGAUAGAUGAGUUUUCAUAGGUCAUGUUGCUCAAAGUGCACAUACACACAGGCUACAAAUGUGAAUGAACAAUGGUCAUUAAGGGGGGAUUUGUCUCUGUAAUUGCUUUGUGCUGGUGGUCAAGGAGAGAUUAUAUUUGAAUGAAAAGGCAAAUAGCAAUAAGGACGAUGAAAAUAAUGGUCAUCUAAUUAUGGUUUAAGAUGUAAAAAAAGUCUCAAAAGUUCUAAAGAAUCUCUGUCUUCCAAAUAAUGUUUAACAUGAAAAGGUACAAUGUAUUUAUUUAACUAUUCUGCUUUCUGUACAGUUCGACCCGUUCUCUACAGCUGCCCCCUUCCACUGUUAAUGACCUGACAGUAUUAAGAGCUCCAGUCUAUUUUCGCUCAUUUGCAUCUUCUUGUUUGUAGAAAGCGCCUUCUGCAGUCGAUGACAUGUGCCAGUAUGCUCACAGCUCAUUGUUUAUUACCAGCAUAUUAUGCAAUGACCCUAUUUCCAUUAGCAACUGUGGCUUUUUUACAUUUCCCUUUAGAGGUAUUGAAGUAAUUUUCAGCCAAAAAGGGGCCGUUUCUGGAAGGGUGAACAAGCAGAAUGUGGCUUCCUGUCCAAACUCAAUCCACAGCCAGAUUCUACUUGUUUCUAUCCGGUCUCUAAAAAGUUUGCUAGUGUAAAUAGGGCCAAUUAAUGACUUUGGAUAAGACAUUUUAAAAACAUCUCUUGCUGAUACAAUGAUCUUGUCAAGUGAAACUGUUUUUGGAGAAUUGUUUUUAAUCCUUUUGCAUUUAGUAGUGAUGGCUCAUUGUUGCUGUCAGGAGAAAAAGCAAGAUCUGAGGGAAUCGGUCUGACUCUGUAGAAAGCAUUUCUUUUCCUUUAAGAGAUCUUUUAAAAAAUGAGAAUAUGAACUGAUGAAAGGUAACUUACAGAAUAUACAUGUAUAUGUUAUAUGCAUAUACACACAUUCAUAUAAACAUAUGAAUUUCAAAUGUUUUAAGAGAUAAUAAAUUGUUAGAAUUAUAAUAAAGAUACAGAAACAAAGUUGUAA